UCCUGUCAUCUUCCUUCAUCUUCUUCCGUUGUGUUUCUUCGUUUGUUGGGUCUUCUCUAGGGAUGUCGGUAGUUGAGAGAACGAAUACUCUGGGUCGUACUUCUGAAGGCACUCUCAUAUGCAUAAGCGAAUUUGGAGUCGUAGGGUUCGUAGUCGGGUCCUCUUUGUAGAGCUUCCUAGUACAUUCCUCUCGAGUGAUCUCAUACGCCCUCUCCUUCUGUGUAUUUGUUGGAGACAACCAACGACGAAAGACACCGGUGGAAAUUUCCUCGGAGUAUGCCUUUGUGUGAAGGUACUUUUCUGAAUACACAGUCGAAGAGAGGAAUUGCUCCCCCGCAUACCAGCAGUGUGGGUAGGCAAGCGUAGUCGAC